UAGCUUCAUUUCAAAGAGACAAAAACACAGAGACACAGAGAGAGAGCUCUCUCCAUAACAACAACAAUGGCUACAAGUACCAGACCCUCCUCUUCUCUGAUGCUGACGUGCGCCUCCUCCUCCUCCGUAUUCCCACAAGACCUGACUCCCUCACUCGUCUCCUUCAAGCCCAAAAAGCCUCUCUUCACAACUUUCUCUCUCUGCCCACUCGUGUUGAGGCCUAGACAGAAAAGGGUCAGUCUCAGUUUCUUAAAGGAACCCAAAAAGUCUGAGCCUUUCCAUGUCAUCUCGGCUGCUCUGACUACCGAGGCACAGGUGGACGAGGCUGUGGAAGAAGAAGCAGCACUCAAAGAAGGUGAUGGGUCUGCUCCUCCUGUUCCUGUUUCAAAGCCCAAGAAAGGGAAAGCUGCAUUGCUUUUGAAGAGAGACAGAACAAGGUCCAAAAGAUUCUUGGAAAUUCAAAAAUUGAGGGAAACUAAAAAAGAGUAUGAGGUGAAGCCAGCUAUAGCUUUACUGAAAGAAAUGUCGAGUGCAAAAUUUGUAGAAACUGCUGAAGCCCAUUUCCGCCUCAACAUUGAUCCAAAAUAUAAUGACCAACAGCUAAGGGCAACUGUUAAUCUGCCCAAGGGAACUGGACAAACUGUUAAGGUGGCUGUUCUUACUCAAGGUGAAAGGUUUGAGGAGGCCAAAAACGCUGGAGCAGAUUUGGUUGGUGGAGAUGAUUUGAUACAGCAGAUAAAAGAAGGAUUCAUGGAAUUUGACAAGUUAAUUGCUUCACCAGAUAUGAUGCCCAAGGUUGCUAGCCUUGGAAAGAUUCUAGGACCAAGAGGGCUCAUGCCAAAUCCAAAAGCUGGUACUGUGACUCCUAAUAUACCCCAGGCCAUAGCAGAAUUCAAACAAGGGAAAGUUGAAUACAGAGCUGACAAAACUGGGAUAGUUCACUUACGCUUUGGAAGAGCCGACUUUCCUGAAGAAGAUCUUCUUGUAAACCUGCUCGCCGCAAUUAAAUCAGUAGAAACAAAUAAGCCUCCAGGUGCAAAGGGUGUUUACUGGAAGAGUGCACAUAUAUGCUCAUCGAUGGGCCCUUCGAUUAAGCUAAACAUAAGGGAGAUGCUUGAUUUCAAGCUUCCAGCAAGUGCUUGAAGAACUAACACAUGUACAUGUUGUCUUUAAAUUGUUUAUUCAACCUCUUGGAUGCCACUGUUAAAUCUUUGCGAAUGUAGUUAGUAAAGAUGCUAGGAGAGGAAGGCGGAUGAAGAGAGGGUGGCCUUGAUGUUGUGUCAGGGUUGACUCUGUCUCAUAAAGAGCAUACAGUUUCUUCUACACUGGGUGAGGAAGGCCAUGUACUUUUGUGAACAACUAUUACUCAAAUCACUUUUGAUUUUUGUUUAUCAAUUGAGGAAGAAUUUGCAAUUCUUGCGUAGUA